UCUAGACUCCAGAUGAAAUGCACAGAACAUGUCACUGAGGCAAACAUGUGCUAGGAGGAAAGGGUGGAGUUGGAGAAUGGGAUGGCAGGGGAGGGCAGAGGGACCCAUGGAACCAGGAGGGCAGGAGGGAUCUGCUGCCCUGGCAGGUGGGACAGGGGCUUUGGCCACACCCUCCUCUCUUUGUCACCUAGGACCCCUUUGUGACUCUCCUGUUCUGGGUGAUGCGGGCCUGAGGCUAUAGGCCAGCCCGGGACCCCUCAGCACUCAGUUGCUUCAGGCAGCCCGACUGUUCUCAUGAUGGAGAGCACUCUUGAUUUUAUAAAUGACUGUGAGCCACAUGGCUCAUCCUUAGGGGAGACAAUCCCUAUCCCCACCUUCCUGAGGGGUCUGAUUUUCCUAUUCAUAUGUAUUUGCUAUGUUUUUAUAAAACCUGUUAAACCCACCCGGAAUUAUAUAAUCUUCAUAAAGCACCAGGGCAGAGCAAAGAGGAGGAGGAACGGCGCGACCCUGAGGGCUCAGAGAAUGACCCCGAUAGAGGCCGCGGAGAGACAGAGGCUACUGUCUUCCACGGAAAGACCCCUGCAACACAGCCAUAUGAACAUCAUCUUCCAUCUACAUCACCCGGCACACCCACACCCCCUCUGUGAGCUGUGCCACAAAACAGCAAGGAAAGCCCCACCAUCCCUGCCCAGGGAAUCCCUCCAUGCUGCUGCUCCCUCUGCGGCUCCUUUCGCCUCCAACACCGCCUCGCUGUCAGCAAGCCGUCCAGGACACCUGCCUCCAGCCCCUCCGCACCACCCUUCCGCGCCCCAGCCUCUUGCCGUUCCCUGUCCCUCAUGUCAUACUCCACGAGCACAGCCGCUUCUCAAACGAGAGGCCGCUGUAUCGUGGAAGAAUAUCCUGUUUUUCGGCCUCCGCCUUUCCCGAGACAUCGACCCCUUUCCCCUUUCAACCCUGGCCACUCAUCUCACACACGCCCGUGCACGUCACCACGCACCGCCAACCCUGUCUGCUCCAUCACCGCCAGACGAAACUUUAGCCGUGACUCCACCUAAACCGGCUCCCGCCCUUCAGAACCUUGGUCUGGAGAUGUUCUGCAUUGGUAGCGCUCUUGAACAGUCCCCUCUUUUCCCUCCAAAGAGAGGAACUGACCCUCCUAAGCUGACAGUGUCAGCAUUCUUCUGGUGGCAGCCUCAUGCCCCGGACUUGUUCCCCUCCAAAUGGGCACCUUGUGAUUUUAAGAAACAGCUUCUCGCCCUCCGCUAUUCUGUGGCCUCCUUUGCAGGAGACCCUGCAGCCAGCCUCGGAGUGUCUGCUUCCCUCUCCCUGCCAAACUCUGCCCUGCUGGCUCUCUGGGAGAGACUAGUUAGGAAGAGGGGGAAUUUCCUGAUGUGGAAGGGAGUGGAACAAUACGUGGGCUCUAUUCUAAACCAUCUGAGGCCAGGCGAACAUCUCACUGCUUCAGGGACCACGUUGGCAGCAGCUGCCACUCAGCAGGGCACCCCAGGUUCCUUCCCUCGCUGCAGCAGCGAAGGGAAAGCAGCGGAGCUGCACCUGCGCCCACAGCCCCUGUGCCCUGACACCUCAGAAGACGAACAGCAGCAAAAACACCUGGAGCUGCUCUGGCAGCUGCUGUCUCUGUGUGGCAAGUCCCUGCACUCUGUAGUCCUUGUCCAAGACAGCUGUCUCCCCACAUUAGUCUUCAUCACCACAAGCUCACAUACCUUCAAAGCUGAAGGAUUCCUGGCAAUUGACCACCUCGACCUUCUGUGCUUGCCCCAAACCCUGCCCCAGUCUCAGUCCCUAACCCUCACCCAGGUCCGGCCUCUGGCCCCAUUUCUAUCCCCACUCCCCAUCCCACCACCUGGGCCUCUAGGCCCGAUUCAGAUCUGUGGGGUGAGUUUCCUUCAGAAGAAAACCGGAGUCCACUGUCAACCCAGGCUCAUACCACCCGGGUGGGGCUCAUGCAACACCUGCUGCACCCGUGGGUGUCGGUCACUAGUAACUGAUCACAGACAAACUCGCGCCAUGUCCAUGUCAAUGUGCCAUCGUCCCCUCUCCUGGGUUUCGUUCAUACGCGGUCAUGGCAGAAAAGACCUUCAAUAUUUGCUCUUCAGCCCACCUAGCUUCCGAGAGACCAGCUCAAAAAUCCCACUAAAGAAGGAUGUCAGCAAGAAUCAGGAACUAAGCAAGAAGAAUGGCGCAAGAGUUCAUCUGAGCACAAAAAAUUCAAAACAUGGAAUCUCCAAGUCCACAGGAAGAAGCUUUAAAGAAUUUCUUGGAGAAAAAGUCAGAACAACAAAAUCAGCUCCCAGCCUGCAUCAUCCCCUCCCUGCCUCAUCCCCUGCGGGAAAGGGGGCACAGGGAGACCUAAGACCGUCCCCCUCUGGUGCCAACUGUGAACUUCCAGAGAACGUCUGGACAGCUGAGGAUGGCAGGCAGACUGGCCUGCAGCCCCCUCAGGGCAGCACAGAUGACAUGUUACAGGAGUCCCCUGGGAGCGCUACUUCCCCAGCCACGCCAGCGGAGGGACAGCCUCCGGAUCAACCACGCUUGAGAAAGCGAAUGCUCCGACUGUGGCAGUGGCUUCGUAAGCCCAGAAGAAAGCCCAAGGGGCAAAAGAAUUGUCUGUGGGAGGGCAGCUCCCUGUCGUCUCAGGAGACUUCCUCAACUGCCCUCCUUGGGGGGCCUCAACACCCUCCCAGCUCCCCCUCCAGGGCUCAGGGAGUCCACAGUCCUCCGGCCACCCCUUCCCGUCCUCAGAACACUGGAAGAAUUAGGAAACUUUUCCCCUGCAUUUGCUGAGGGGGAAAUCACUCCCCAAAAACUUCAACAUGGUUCUCUGAAUAAAUGCUCUGCAAGAGUGA